UGUUUUUUAACGGCGUGUGCAAAAAAAAGAAUGGUCUUUUUGAUGUUGUUAUAAUCAUCUUCAUCAUCAUCAUUUUGAGCAAUUUAAUUUUGAAAAUUUGAGAUAAACAGCAAUGGAAAACGACGAUCAAUCGGUGAAAGAAAAUGAUAAUGAUGGUGAUCAAAUGAAAAUUGAUAGAAUAUCAUCGGAUGAUUUAUCCGAUCAAUCAAUAAAACGAAAAGCGAAUGAAAUGAGCGAAAAUGUUGAACAAACAACGAUGAAUAAACGUGCUAAACAGGAUCGAUGGAUAUAUUCUACGAACCAAGAUGAUGAUCUAUCGAAACCAGACGAAAAUAAAAAAGAUGAUAAUGACGAUAAUCAAAGUCUUGAUGAAGGUGAAAUUGUCGAUGAUGAUGAUGAUGAUGAUGACAAAAUUGGUUUACAAAAAACAUUGAAAAUUCAUUCCGAUCCAAAAAAAUCACCAAUCAAUGAUGAUGAUAAUGAUAAAUUUGAAGAAGGUGAAUGUAAUGAUCAAAUUAGUCGAAAUAACGCCAAUGAUGAUGAUGGUGAUGAUGAAAAACAAGAUGCUGAAAUUGCAUCAAAUUAUAGUGAUUGGAGUGAAAGUGAAGAUGAUCUACUUAUUAAAAACGAUCCGCAACCAAAACAACAACAACAAUUGGAAACAAAAAUUGAUUCCAACGAUAAAUCAUUGAUCAAAAACGAUAAUGAUCUUGAAGCAAUUAGCGAUGAUGAUAUCGAUACAAUAUCCGAUAUUUUAAACAAUAAAAAUGGUGAUGAAAAUGUUGAAAAAUUAUUGAAACAACAAAAAGAUAAUGAUGGUGAAGUUUUGGAGAAAAAACCAAAAGAACCUUGUAUUGUUGAUGCAUUGAAUAUUGUUUGGUGUCCAUUGAUUGUUGAUAAUAAUGGCCAUGAUAAUGAUAAUAAUGAUACCCUAUUGACGACGACGACGACAACAACAUCCAACAAUAAAAUUGAAAAUGAAAAAAAAUUACGUAAUGAAAAAUUUCGUAAACAAAAUUCAACAUUAACAAUGUUAAAUCGUAUUGGUUUUAGUCAAAAAUAUGCUGGACCAUUACUAACCGAUCGUAUUAAUGAUUAUCUUGCACAAAAAUUAGGUCCGAAAAUUUAUCAACCAAUGCUACAUCCAUUACCUGCAUUACAUUCAUUUUAUCUUUCGAAACAAAUGUCUAAUGAUUCUAAUAGCUUGAUGGGAACCAAAAUGGUUAUCAAAAAAGAAUUUUUUUUAAAGAUUUCGAAGAGAAAAAUGAUGUUGCCAAAUAAUUUAUUGUUUAUCAUCAUCAUUAUUGUUUAUUCCUUUGUUUUAUCUAUUCAUGCAACAUUUAUUCCAUCAUUAUCAUAUCAACGACCGAUUAGUCCUUAUUAUUAUUCUACUGGUCUUCGAAUAUAUCCAACAUAUUGUCCACCACCAUCACCACCAACAACAACGAUUAUAACACAACCAUCAUCAUUAAGCUAUUUGUAUCAGAUAAAAUCAAUUCCUGUAUAUAGCCCGUUGGUUUAUACAUCCUUACCAUAUCGAUCAUAUUACAAUACAUGGAAACCAGCAUCAUAUUUUUGGCGUAUUCGUUCACAAAACGGAACAAAUACAACUGAUUAUAUUUAUAAAUCAAAAUGGUAUUCACCAUUUUGGAAAUAUCAAGGUUCAAUACAACAUUUUCCAUUAUCAAAUGAAACCAAUAUGGGUGAUGCAAUGACAAAAGAUUCAUUGGAAAAAGAAUCCGAACCAUUAAUGAUGAUGAAAGAAAAACGGGCUAAUGAAAUCGAUCAAUUGGAAAAAGAAGAUCCAGAACCAUUAGCCAAUGAAAAGAAAAUGGAAUCAAAAAAUGAAAAACAACAACAACAAAAGCUCAGUGCAAAAAAGAAAAUGAAGAAGAAAAAAUCCAAAAAAAUUGUUCGUGAUGUAGAACCGACAACAACACCAAUACCAAAAACGAAAAAACGAAAACGUUCCAAUCGAAUGGCAUAAAGGAAAAUCAGCGAUUAGAUUAUAUGACGAUGAUUAUCGAUAAUAGUGUCAUAAAGUAGAAGAAGCUAAUCAACAACACAACUUUAGGUCAGUUUUUUAAGGUUAGAUUAGAUAAUCUGCUUGUAAAAUCCUUAUAUAUAAAUAGCAGCAAAAUUUUUUUUGUCUCAAAAUUACAAACAAUCAAUUCUUGUGGUUUUUUUUAAUUUUUUAAAAAUUUUAAAAAU